GGUGUCAGCGUAUACACAUCGGACUGAAAAGGCCACAACACCGUCAAGAUGGUUCUCGAAGCAAUCCGCUACCAGCCCGGGAGUCUCCAAAUCCUCAACCAGCUCAAACUACCCCAUCAAGAAGAAUACGACCACAUCAGAUCCGCCGAAGAUGGCUGGCAUGCCAUCAAAGACAUGCGAACGCGAGGAGCGCCGGCGAUUGCGAUAGUAGCAGCUCUGGCUCUUGCCGUUGAGCUGCAGAGUACAACAACUUCAGACCACGCCGAGGAAGUUGCGGCUUUUAUUCUGGAGAAGUUGGACUACCUUGUCACGAGCAGGCCUACAGCUGUCAAUCUUGCGGACGCCGCUGGGAAGCUGAAGAAAAUUGUUGACACCGCAUCGAACGCUGAGGGGGCGGAUGGAGCUUCGGUGAAGAAGGCUUAUUGUGACGCGGCGGCCGAGAUGUUGGUCGCGGACGUCGCUGAUAAUCGGGGAAUUGGCAAGCAUGGUGCAGAGUGGAUCACGAAGAGUGCAGGUGGUGGAAAAGUCAGUGUUGUGACGCAUUGCAAUACUGGAUCUCUCGCAACGGCUGGAUAUGGCACUGCUCUUGGCGUGAUCCGUUCUUUGCAUGCCAACGGAUCCCUUCAACAUGCCUUCUGUACCGAGACCCGUCCGUACAAUCAAGGCUCCCGGCUCACAGCUUUCGAGCUCGUCCAUGACAAAAUUCCAGCGACCCUCAUCACAGACUCCAUGGCUUCCGCUCUACUCCGCCUGCGUGGACCAUCCGAACGAAUUGCAGCGAUCGUAGUCGGAGCAGAUCGAGUUGCUGCCAAUGGCGACACAGCCAACAAAAUUGGAACUUAUCAGCUCGCCAUCACAGCGAGGUACCAUGGAGUCAAAUUCCUUGUUGCUGCUCCGAGAACGACCAUCGACCUCGCCACCAAGUCUGGGAAUGACAUCGUGAUUGAGGAGAGGCCAGGCAAGGAGAUGACGAUGAUCAAAGGUCCAAGAUCUGAUGGUGUGGAUUUGGAUCUCUCUCGGGUGGAAACUGUGAGCAUUGCUGCGGCCGGUAUUGAUGUGUGGAAUCCAAGCUUCGAUGUGACGCCGGCGGAGCUGAUUGAUGGCAUUGUGACGGAACGAGGUGUCGUGGAGAAGGGAGCGGAUGGCAAGUUUGACUUGGCUUCGGUGAUGAAUGCAGGGAAUGACGGCGUAAAGCCAAGCACUGUUGGCGGGCUGUAA